GUACGUUCUUCCCAUUUUACUGGAAUGGAUGGUUGUUUUUUGCCACGUUAUGUUCUUCUUACGUAUAAGGGAAAGAGUGAGAAAGAAAUUAACAUUUAACCAUUAUUGUUGAUCUGAAUGUUCUUUACAAAUAGAUAUCUUCUUUACGUCAUGAAAAUUUUCAUAGUGAAUCAAAUUUCAUAGUGAAGUCAAAUUUCACGUAGUGUUGACGACAAAAAAAGAAUUCACCGCACGUUGUAUAUUCUAUUAAAUAUAACAAUUGCGAUUCUUUUCAUAUUAUCAUUCAAUAAAUCUCAAUUUAUUUAACGAUCGAUUUAUCUUAUUAUAAAUGGCAAUUCAAGGUAUUACUAUAGUAGCACUUACAUUCGGUUUAGCAAGUUUGUUAUAUUAUUUUCUUGCCAAUAAUGGAAGACAAGAACAAUCAUAUGGAUAUAAUAAUUCUGGAGGUCCCAAUGGUCCUGAUAUUGGAAUGUCUCCUAAUUAUUUCACUGCCGUAAAUCCAUCAUCGAACAACGAACAACAAAAUCAAUAUCGGAAAAGACGAUCGAAGAGAGUUCCAUUUAAAGAUGUCUGUACCAUCUGCUUUCAAAGUGUUUCGGAUCAAGAUAGAAUGCUUUCAUGUGGUCAUUGCUUUCAUGAAAAAUGUAUUCAAGAUUGGAGAACACAAGGCCCAAUGGAAUCGCGUAAUACUUGCCCUACCUGCAGGGAGAAGUAUCAAAGUAUCUAGUGAUAUAAAUGAAUAGCUCAUUUUUUAAUUGACACAAGGAGUGCAAGUUAUAAAUAGUGUUAUAAUUAUUGAUUUAGAAGAACAAAAAAGAUUGGUUGCUUAAAAAGCAUCCAUUGUUUAAUCAUUUAAUGAUUUAAUGGUUGAGUGUAAAAUAUAUUUAAGAUUUUGUUCAAUGUUGAAUAAUUAGUAACAAAAUAUCUUGUGAUUACUAUGAAACUUUUGUGAUAUAUAAUUUAAAAUUAUUGUUGAUAUCUUAUAUAACAACUAUGAGAUUUAAAAUAUUUUCUUCACUUCACUUCACUUUACAUUAGAUUUUAUGCAUAAAAUUUAAAAAUCAUUUAUGUUAGUAUUUAGUAAAGAUUGAAAGACGUGUUUCUUCAUAUGUAUUAUAAUAAUGGCAACUUCAUACAGGAUGAAUCACCAAAUACAGUGAAAACUAUCUGAAUAUCUUUCAGUUUUGAAAAUAAGAACAAACAUUUCAAGUAAAAGUUCUUUUUCAUUGUUAUACAUGGAAAUUUUUCUCAGAUGAAGAUUGUUAGAAAAAAGUAGUCACUUUCAUUUUUCUUAAAUAAAAACAUACAUCAGAAAUACCUAUUGUUAAUAGUUAAGAUAGUGCAUUAUAAUAUAAUUCAACAUAUUUAAAUUAUACAUUUUUUCUAUCUUUAAAAUCGUGAAAGAUGGUAAGAUAACUAAUAGCUUAUUUUAAGUGACUCACUCUAUAUCCAUUCUAAUAAAACCUAUAUAAUUAAUAUCUUCUUAAAUUCAUUGUUCUCUUAUGAAAGAUAUGUGUAAGAUUUACAUAAAAUUUUUAAUUAUGUUUUGUCUUUUCAAGUUUUAAGGGUUUAUGAACUAUUAACUGUGAUUCUCUAAAAUAAUUAAUGCAAUAAUUGCCUUAUUUGGUAGAAAUUAUUUUGAUAGAAAUAAAUUUAUUUAUAUUUCGAAAUUGUUAAAUGAUAAUAUUUAUUUUUAUUUAUAAAAGAAAUAUCAAAAUAUUUGAAAAAAGAGAAAAUUUGUAUGUCAAUAUUUGUAUAAAAUACUAUUAUAUGUGAUUUGUUACUGUAUUAUAACAACAUUGAAAUCAUCUAAUAUUGUAAUUCUUAAUAUUUAAUUAAAAGAACAUUUCAUACAAAAUUGAAACCUUAUAGCAAUUUUUGAAUUUUACGAUUAUUAUUUUUGUAUUAUUUAAAUACGAUUAUAAAUUAAAAAAUUGAGUAAGCAAGUUCAAAACAUAUAAAAAUAAAUACAUUAGCCAAUGGGUAUGUAACCCACGUACGGAUGAAAGGGCGUGUGUAUAUAGAAUAUUAAAAAAGUUAUCAACAGUCUACCAAUUUGUAAUAUCCGCUUAAUAAAUAAGAAAGUUUUAACAAAUAAUGAACUGUAUAGUAUAUCUACCAAAGAUUUAUUUGAAAAUAAUAAAUCUGUAUAAACUAUGAAUUAUUAAGAAGUUUCAUGUUUGUCAGAUAUAAAUCCAUAAAACUUUUAUUUGUGAAGAUAAUUAAAAACUAUAUGCUACAAGUAUAUAAUUUAUCUUGUUAGUUAAAUUAAUCUAAUAAUUGAACUCUUAUAAAAUAAGAGGAUCCAUAAAAAUUUUAUAGGCCUGAAAUAAAUAAUUUUUGAAUUCACUUUUGUUAAGACCUUUUUGUUUAUUUUGAUGAGUACUUCCAAUUAUCUUAAAAUUUGGUAAUUUGUCUUCAAUAUCUUGUACAACUCCAAGUGAUGUAUUAUAAAAUAUAAGUUAAAUGUUAAGAUUUGAAACAUAUUUUGUAUUUAGAACAAAUACUGUUAAAUAUCCAUUUCGUUAUAAAACAUUAUAAAGCGAUUAUAAUGUUAUAAAAUACGACAUACACAAAAAUUCGUUUUUUAUCAUAUAGUGAUAGAAAUAUUAUAUAUUGCUAUAGUUAUAGGCAAGUUAGAUUAAAGUUUAUAAGAACAUGUGAUUUUGUUAAUAAAUAAGAUGACAAAUAAAAAUGUCUUAUUACAGUAAUGACACUGCAGUGUAAUCAUAGUAUCAAUAAUAGUUAUAGAACAAUAAGUAAAAUUAUAAUAAUAACAUUAUAAUGAUAUAGUAGGCAAGUCAGAAUUAAUUGAAACUAUUCUACUUUCGUUGCCGUUCUUUUAUAAAUAUUAGCGCGUUCAAGUUAAUUUAUAUUUUAAUUAAAAAAUGAAUGAUACAUUAAUGUUAUUAAACGAUUAAUCAUUUUUUUUUUCUAUCCAAUAAAAAUAUUAUUUAUUCCCA